AUGACUUCCAGGUCCUCUCCCUGCUGCUGCGGCUGCUAUUGCUAUUCCUCCUCCUCCUCCUCCUCCUCCUUUUCCUACACCUCCUACUUUUUCUUGUCUUCCUCUUCCUCAGCAACACUCUCUUUCACCAACUCCUUCCUCGUACCUCCCACCACACCCCCCUUUUUCAUCCUUAGUAUCAACUCUUCCUCUGUCUUGACCUUCUUCAAUUUCUCCUCCUCUUCCUCUGCUUCCUCCUCCCACGCUCCCUGUCCCUCAGCUUUCUCUUCCUACUUCCUCUUACUGCUGCUCUCUUCUUCCUCCCUCCCUCCAUCCCACUCUUCCUCCUCUUCGACCUCCUCCUCCUCCUCAUCGUUCUCCUCUUCCUCCAUCUGCCGCUCCGCCAGCACCACCAUCUCCACCACCUCAACCUCCCCCCUCCCCCCUUCACCCAAAGGCCAUCAAGGGUCUUCCGCGUCGUCCUCGAUCAGUGUAAAAUGA